AUUCUUACUUUCUGUUAGCUCCACAAAUAGAAAGUGAAAGACGAUCGAUUGUGUCGCGGCGAUUCUCUGUAAAAAGUCGCCGCCGGAGAUUCGCGGUUCUCGCCGAUCGUUUUCCGCCGGAUUUUUGUGCUUUUCCCCCAUCUUACAUUCGUUGCGGUUUUAUCUUCUCUCUCUCCCUUUCUCUCCAAUUUUGAAAUUUCCUCCACUUGUCAAGUGAUAGUUCCAUCCCCGACACGAGUUUUGUUCGGUUUCUGGUAAUAAGAAUCAGUGACAGACAGUAUCUGCUUCACCCUCCUUGUAAAGGUCUAGACUUUAGACGAAUAGAGUAGUCUGUGUUUUCGAUAGGUUUUUUUUUGAGUGAUAACAGAGUUUGUAUUGAAAGAGAGGUGUGUAAUAAUGGGAGAUAUAACUUGGGUCGAAGAAGGUAACAGCAACCUGACCAGUUCCAGGAAAAGGAAAGCGAGACCCAAACGGUUCGAGUUUGUAGGAUGGGGUUCGAGACAGCUCAUCGAGUUUCUCCAAUCUAUUGGCAAAGAUACAACAACCAAGAUCUCCAGGUUCGAGGUCAGCGAGACUAUCUCGAGGUACAUUGCCGAGAACGGUCUCGUAGAUUCGUCGAGCAAGAAGAGAGCUACGUGCGACGAUAGGCUCAUGUCCCUUUUCGGGGUUAAGUCGAUACUGAGGAUCAAAGUGUAUGAUCUACUGGAAAAGCAUUACGAGGAGAACCGGGACGAUGCGGAUUUUGAUUAUCUGUACGAGGAUGAGGCGGCGCAGAUCGUGAGCCGUUCGGAGAAGGUGGUUAGGAUAAGGAAGGUUGUGAGGGAGAAACCUAGAGGUGGUGCUUUUGCUGCAAUAGUGAGUGAGAAUGUCAAGCUUGUCUACUUGAGGAAGAGUCUGGUUCAGGAGCUGGUUAAGUCUCGGGACGGUUUUGAGGGUAAGAUGUUGGGAAGCUUUGUGAGGAUCAAGUCUGACCCUAAUGAUUACCUUCAGAACAACCCUUAUCAGCUUGUUCAGGUCACAGGCGUGAAGAAAGAACCUGGGACUGAUGAUUUUCUCCUUCAGGUUACAAAUUAUGUGAAAGACGUUUCUAUCUCUGCGCUAUCUGACGAUGAUUUCUCCAAGGAGGAAUGUGAAGAUUUGCAUCAGAGAAUAAAGAACGGUUCUCCUAAGCAGCCUACAAUUGUGGAGAUGGAAGAAAAGGCUCGAAGUUUACAUGAAGAUCAGACUAAACACUGGCUUGGAAGAGAAUUGGCAUUGUUACAAAAGCGUAUUGCCCGGGCCACUGAGAAGGGAUGGCGAAGAGAGCUGUCUGAGUAUCUGGAAAAGAGGGAGCUUCUUCAGACUCCAGAAGAACAGUCCCGGCUAUUUCGUGAAGUUCCGGAAGUUCUUGGAGAGGAACUUUUACCAAACCUUGAAGCGUCCCCUGAGGCUCACGAAAGUGACAAUGAACAACGGUUGAGCGAAUCUCCAAUAUCAAGCAUCCAAGAAACUCCAGAAGUCCGCAACCUCUUUGGUCGAGAAGAUCAGCAGUGCAAUGGUUUUCUCAUGUCAAAAUCCAGCACACUUCCGGGAAUCACGCCUUAUGCGAUGGACCUAAACGGGAGGUUGCCAACAUGGACUGCUUCUUCUGCAGGUGAUGAAUAUCUUCAUAGAGGUGUAGAGCAGCCAGCAAAUGGCAUCACUUGGGAAGAAGAAACGCCAACUAAAGAGCCUGAAGUUUCUCAGCUUCAGUCAAGCACACCAGCAGUAUCGAAUCAUAACAACGGGUCUCAAGCUCAACCAAAUCCGUCAGAGAUAAUAGAACUGAGCGAUGGUGAUGAAGAUGAGAACGGUGAUGGAGAGACUCUAGACCCUACAGUUGAACAUGUUGAGGUUCUGUCUUAUGAUAGAGAGAAGGCAAACUGGUUGUACAAAGAUCCUCAGGGUGAUAUACAGGGACCUUUCUCUCUCAAAGAACUCAAAGCUUGGAACGACGCAGAGUACUUCUACAAAGGCUUCAAGGUUUGGAUGGCAGGACAGAGUUUGGACUCUGCGGUUAUACUAACCGAUGUUCUUCGUCAAGUUUAGCUAAUGGAGUUACUUGAAGUAGAUUCAGUGAAAAGUGGUUUUCGGAGUAUUUGUCUUUAGAUUGAAUUAGAAUUUUGCUUCUCCAUUUCAGUAAACAGCAAAUAAAAGAAAACCGUAGUAGCAUUUUUUAUGAUUUUAAAGUUAAAGACUCCAUGAGAUGAACAGAUUGUUGUUUUUAUCAAAUCAUCUAUUCAACAGAAUCUUGUCUA